GGUAACGAGGACGUCCUUAGGAAAUGUGAUUGGUGGGAGUUACCGGAAGGGCUCAUGUGCGCAUCUUGUUUCAAUCAGGUACCCAAUGUGUAUCCCACGAGCACAUCUGAUAAACGGGUGUGUAAAGUCUGUUACAGGGGAAACUUUCCACAGACAUCGCAGGCAAUAAGUAUUAUUUAUGAAUGUAAAAUAUCACUUAUUUAUUUUGCGGAAAUGCAUUUAUUUAGCAAGAAGUUAAAUUAUCCAUGGUGAGGUAUCCUCCGUUCACAACAAAAGGAGUGAGCCAUGUUGCUUUUGUAGGACGUCAGUCCAGAGGACGUUUCCUUACCGAACAAAGUUUCGAUGGUUUGAAAUCAUUUGCUCGUCAAUGGAGUGAUUUCCCGUUUAGAAAAACGAAGAUACAAAACUGGGUGGGAUGUUUCGGUGCCAAUGGUUCUGCUUUGGCCACUCACAGUGCAAUGCACGAAAAAUUGGACAAGAACCCAAACGGAACCACAUUCUUACCGAUGUCCGAAUUGGUGUUUCGACUUAGUGCCUUCCACCGACCAGGAUGUGACCACGUCACAAUUGUGUUCCACAAUUUCACUUCAUUUACAGUGAAGUCCCAAAAUUUGACGGCAAUUCUUUCUGAUUUCGAAAAGGCAAAUGUCAUGUUAAAAGAUGUCUCAUUCGUGUCCUAUGGGAAUGUGGCAAACGGUCCUAAGGGCACUAUUUUUGCCCUAUUUGUGGUUGUUGGUGACGAGAUGUCACGAAUUGUACAGGAAUGCCAAUUAACCGAUUGGAUUAAUUCGAUUAAAUCGGGUAAGUAAUUGUUAUUUAUUGAGUGUUCCUAAUUAAUAUGUGUCUUUAAAGCAUGUAGCGCUCGAAUGUUUCCCCUGUGCUCGGGUCGGAACAAAGCCGCAAUCGAGUAUGAAGAUAAAGUAUUUAUGAAGAAAUAAAAAAAUCAUUAAGUAUUUCAUUUGAAACAAUUGCAUUUUCCGGUUAUAUUUUUGUUUUCGCGAAGCAAAAAUUAAAUAAGUAAUUUGCAACCAGCAAGAAUUAAACAAAAACAAAUAAAGACGAAACAACCAAUAUUGCAACUUGCGAGAUUCAAACGUCUGAUACGCGUAGUCUACCUGGCCGAAGCAAAAUCGACAUCAUCUUCGUAAUGUUUGACAACAUCAACCUCCCCCACUAACCCUGCUUUAUACCAAGACCGUAAGCAUACAAGGGCUUCGACGGUCUCGGGAUGAAGACUCAUUCU